GAUUCAGGUGGUAAAUCCUGUCUCUGACUGUAACAGGGAUGAGGGUUUUUACUCCGUAGUGUAGUGCAACCCUGGCCUUCCUCUCGGAGUCCCUGUGCCGCCAUUAAAGGAUAUCGGAUCGCCGUACCCUAAUGUGGAUUAAAAUGACUUAAAACCUCUCAGACGGUCAACGUAGGGCUAGAGAGGGUUGAUAUUAUGUGUGGAUGUGUGCACUCCUGUCCACACGGAGCCCGGGAGCGGUAGAUAUGCAGCUCUCCACCAAGUAGCAGACGCUCGACUUCGGGACCGGGGGAGGUGGAGAAGCUGAGCCGCUGUUGUGGUUGAAGGCACGGCGGGGUGUAAACACGGGGAAGAGGAGCGUCCCGCCUGCCUGUGUGACCUCCCGCAGAGAGGACCAGCCGCGCUGAGAACCCCUCUGAGCGGCAGCAAGCCCCCUGCAGCGGCCGCCCGACGAUGACAGAGGUCGGCACCAAGUGGGCCUGCGACUACUGCACGUACGAGAACUGGCCCUCUGCGAUCAAGUGCACCAUGUGCCGCGCUCAGAGGCCCAGCUUGGGGCCCAUCAUCACGGAGGAGCCCUUCAAGAGCAGCCCCCCUCUGGAUGCCGGUCGGCAUCAGUGGGACCCCGCGUGCCACAGCAACAGCCCGCCGCAGGGAGGGGUUUCCAGCCUCCUAAUCUGCCCGGACUCCAGCGCCCGUCCCCGUGUGCGCAUCGCCGACGUCCCCGAGACGCUCCCCAGCAAGUGGUCGUGUCACAUGUGCACCUAUUUGAACUGGCCGCGGGCCAUCCGCUGCACCCAGUGCCUUUGCCAGAGGCAGCAGGGCCAGCAGCACAAGGGGCAUCGCGCGGGGCAGCCCCGUAGCCCCACGGAGCUGCCCCAGACCUCGGGCUCUGGCUACCGCUCUGCGCCCCCCACCACGCCCACAGACCCCUGCGAGGAGUACAACGACCGCAACCGACUCAACACCCGGGCACAGCACUGGACCUGCACCGCCUGCACUUACGAGAACUGGCCCAAGGCGCGCAAGUGCGUGGUGUGCGACCAUCCCUGGCCCAGCAGCCCGCCGGCCGAGUCCAUCGAGCUGGCGUCGGAGCCGGAGGGCCAGCCGCCGCCCUCCGUCCUGAACGAGCGGGAGCGGGACAAUCGGCGGGGGGGCGUGGGGGGGACAGUGGGCGUCGUCGGCGGGACGGGGGGCUGCGGCAGCAGUCAGCGGAGGUCGCCACCCAGCCCAAAGCGGGAGUCGGAGGUGACGAUGGACUUUCAGAGGAUCGAGGUGGCGUCGGGGGCCGGGAUCGGGAGCAAAGAGGAGCUGGAGAUGGACUUUAAAAAACUGAAGCAGAUUAAGAACCGGAUGAGAAGGACUGACUGGCUGUUCCUCAACGCGUGUGCAGGUGUGGUGGAGGGAGACCUGGCGGCGGUGGAGGCCUACAAGUCGUCCGGGGGCGACAUCGCGCGGCAGCUGACGUCGGACGAGGUGCGACUGCUGAACCGGCCGUCGGCAUUCGACGACGGCUUCACCCUGGUGCACCUGGCCAUCCGCUUCCAGAGGCAGGACAUGCUGGCCGUGUUGCUGACUGAGGUGUCCCAGCAGGCGGCCAAGUGCAUCCCGGCCAUGGUGUGUCCCGAGCUGACGGAGCAGAUCCGCCGCGAGGUGGCCGCCUCGCUGCACCAGCGCAAAGGGGACUUCACCUGUUACUUCCUGACCGACCUUGUGACCUUCACCCUCCCAGCCGACAUCGAGGACUUGCCCCCCCCGGUUCAGGAGAAACUGUUUGAUGAGGUCCUCGACCGAGACGUACAGAAAGAGCUGGAAGAGGAGUCCCCCAUCAUCAACUGGUCCCUGGAGCUGGGCACGCGGUUGGACAGCCGGCUGUACGCGCUGUGGAACCGGACGGCCGGGGACUGCCUGCUGGACUCUGUGCUGCAGGCCACCUGGGGCAUCUACGACAAGGACUCGGUGCUGCGCAAGACGCUGCACGACAGCCUGCACGACUGCUCGCACUGGUUCUACACACGCUGGAAGGAGUGGGAGUCGUGGUACUCGCAGAGCUUCGGUCUGCACUUCUCCCUCCGGGAGGAGCAGUGGCAAGAGGACUGGGCCUUCAUCCUCUCGCUUGCCAGCCAGCCCGGGGCCAGCUUGGAGCAGACCCACAUUUUUGUUCUUGCGCACAUUCUUCGAAGGCCGAUCAUCGUCUACGGAGUGAAGUAUUACAAGAGUUUCCGCGGUGAAACACUCGGCUACACGCGCUUUCAAGGUGUGUACUUACCCCUGCUGUGGGAGCAGAGCUUCUGCUGGAAGAGUCCCAUCGCGCUGGGCUACACGAGGGGGCACUUCUCGGCACUGGUGGCCAUGGAGAACGACGGCUUUGACAAUCGUGGCGCGGGCGCCAACCUCAACACGGACGACGACGUCACCGUGACGUUCCUGCCGCUUGUCGACAGCGAGAGGAAGCUGCUCCACAUUCACUUCCUCUCUGCACAGGAAAUGGGGAAUGAGGAGCAGCAGGAGAAGCUGCUACGGGAGUGGCUGGACUGCUGCGUGACGGAGGGCGGCGUCCUGGUGGCGCUGCAGAAGAGCUCCCGCCGCCGCAACCAUCCGCUGGUCACCCAGAUGGUGGAGAAGUGGCUGGACGGCUACCGGCAGAUCCGGCCCUGCGCCUCCCUGUCGGACGGGGAGGAGGAAGACGACGACGACGACGACGAGUGACUCAGCCAACCCCGUCUCCCUUCCCCCUCUACUUUAUUUUUCGGAUUUUGAUUUUGUUUGCUAUUCCUUUCCUGACACGGACAAACUGUGAAAAGCCUUCAGGAGAUGGCAGGGAUCCCCCCCCCCCCCUCCCCUCUCGUCCUCCCCCCACACCUACACAAACCCUCUCCCCGUCCCCUCCUUCUGGAGGAUACUGUCACACACACACACACACACACACACACACACACACACACACACACACACACACACACACACACACACACACACACACACACACACUUGAUGUGCUAUCCGAGGGUUGAGGCUGGCAACAUGACGUCACUGCUGCAAACCAACCCCCCUGAACCUGGACCUGCUGAUGACGAAGAAUAAAAGGGUCCCAGUUUACGAAUGUUGAACCAACGGUUCUGGUUUUCAGUUGUAUCAAAGAAAGGUCUUUAUUAAUAGAUGUUUAAUGCAUGCGGUUGUUUAAGAAUUACAGUUGUAAGGAUUUAUACCAGCAUCAAUUCAACUCAAAUACUUUAUAUAAGUUUGUAAUUGGCACUGACAAAAACAAGCACAUUUCCAGAUAACGUUCCUAUUUGGAUGUGUUUCCCCUGGUUAUGGAGUUGGUUGAUUUACCCUUCUUGUUUUUGGACGGGGAGCAAAGCAACAGCAUAUCGGUGGGUCAGAUGGCCUUUUGGAGAACGAUUGUGUUAUCAAAUACAUAAGACUUUAUUACCAAGCACUGCACAUUUAUUACUAAAAUUAUUUAUAUAUAACAGCUUGAAUCAAGGUCAUAUAUAUGAAGCUGUGGGAGAGGAGGUCGGUGCCUUCUCCAGUCCGAGCUACCUAGUCACUAAGGUUUAGUGCACACACAUACACCCACAUCGUUUGGGUUUUGAGUUGUAUUCAGUUUACCCUUCUGAAGUUGCUAAGGAAAGUUGAGUUGUGUGUUUGUGUGAUUUUUAUUUUUAUUUUGCUCCAAACUUACUCUUAUUUAUUGUGUGAAAUCCCUUUGGAGCUACUAAGAGUUUUGGAUUAAUGAACUUUUAUUUUGUCUGUUAUUCUUUGGAUCGCGAUGAAGACGUUUUAUGUUGCACAGAAACAUAGUAGCUGCAGUGAAGAAACAAGGAUGACCAUCGGUGAAAAGUUUACCUUAUUUUUCUGUGAGUAAUUCUUUCUUCUUUAGUACCUCAUUUUCAAUGUUGGAUUCUGGUGCUCUCUGCAGAAUUUGUGUGUGAGAAUGAGACAUUAUGUAUGUCAAGCAUCAAUCCGGAAAAACACUUUUGGCUCAUCACCACCUUCCCUGUUCUUAUGUGUUGCUUUCUAUCUCCACAUGUGGUCGAGUUCAUGUUCAUAACACAUGUGUUUGCUUUAUACACUGUCUUGUGUAUUUCUGUAAAACAAAACAAAAAAAUGAAUUCUCAUCAAGGUCCCUGUUAAGACUGCAACCUAUAAAACCAAAGUUGGGAAAAAAAUACAUCCCAUGUGUUUGUCGUGAAUUAUGUUUUCAUCGUUUUAUUUUGUUUAUUCUUGCCAUGCUGUACUGUAUCUGUUUCAUUCUAGCCCUACACGUUCUGAGCAUCAACUCUAUGUUGCUUUGUAUUUAUGCAACAGUUGCAGCUGUGACUAUGAGGGUUUGUGGAUUUAGGCCUGACCUCACUACAGUGUAUUGCAAAGGAUAGGCAAAAAAGGUUCAAAUAUAAUAAAAGGAAAAACCUUUUUGAAAGUC